AUGGGGAUUCCCGCGCAUUACAAGGCCAUGACGCCGAACGGCCUGGGCACAGGGCUCGCUCGAGGCAAGGCUGGGGAUGCCCCAGCGAUUGGCGCCAAGUCGACGGCCAGGACGGUGGGAGGCCGGCGGAUCAGCGCCCUGCGCAAUCAGCGCGCCCUUGGUGGGUUCCAGAGGUGCCAGCCGGUCCCUGUGGCCCCCCGGCUGGGGCCUCUCGAGACGACGUCUGCGCCUUCCGUGUCCAUCUCUCAAGAAAACGGCAUGACGGCCCCACCGGCACCUGCCGCGCCUCCCAAGAGAGUGGCCAUCUUCGUGGAGCCGUCCCCGUUCACGUAUGUGUGCGGUUACAAGAAUCGGUACUGCAACAUGAUCAAAUACCUGAGAGAGGCGGGGUGUGAGGUGUUGGUGGUGACACCAGGGAAGGGCUUUUCAGCUCCUGGAACAGACACCUCUGCCUUCAGGGACCCGCCGUAUGAGUACUAUGGUGCCAAGGUGGUCAGCAGCUUCAGCGUUGGCUGCCCAUGGUACUGGCAGCUUCCACUUACCUUGGGGCUGUCUCCAAGGAUAUUUUCAGCUGUGAGGGAUUUCAAGCCUGACAUUGUCCACUGCUCAACGCCAGGCUUCAUUGUAUUCGCGGCAUGGCUGUAUGCCAAAAUCUUGCGGUUGCCUUUGGUGCUGGCCUAUCACACACACAUUCCGAAAUACCUUCCAAGGUACAACUUGAGUUUCGUGAUCCCAGCAAUGUGGACAUUCUUCCGGAUGUUGCACCACACUGCCCACCUUACACUCGUCACCAGCCACAUGCUGAGGAACGAGUUCCUUGGAGAGGACACUGCGCCUGACGAGUCUCUCAAGGUGUGGCGCAAGGGAAUUGAUGCAGAUGCAUUCCACCCACGUUUCAAGAACCAAGAGAUGAGGGAAAGGUUGACAGAUGGCAACCCUGAGGCUUCAGUAAUUGUGCAUGUGGGCAGAUUGGGAGUGGAGAAGAAUCUGAAGUUCCUCAAGGGGAUGCUUGACAAAUUGCCAGGGACCCGCUUGGCUUUUGUUGGCGAUGGCCCGGCCCGUCAGGAACUGGAGGUUCACUUCAGAGGCACUCCUACAGUCUUCCUUGGAAUGCUUCAUGGUGAUGAGUUGUCGGCAGCUUACGCAAGCGGGGACGUUUUUGUGAUGCCCUCUGAGAGUGAGACCUUAGGAUUUGUUGUCCUUGAGGCGAUGGCGUCCCAGGUUCCUGUCGUGGCCGUGAGGGCUGGAGGCAUUCCAGACAUCAUUCACAGUGAAGGGGUUGGGGGGUACCUGUACGAACCUGGAGACCUGGAUGGUGCUGUGAAUCUCGUGCAACGCCUCCUUGCCGAUGAAGAGCUCAGGACAUCUGCGGGACGUGCUGCUCGGGAAGAGACGACCAAAUGGGAUUGGAGGGCUGCUACCCUCCACUUGUUGCAGGAGCAGUAUCCCCUGGCCAUAGCCGCUGCACGGGCUGAAUAUGCAAACAAUACGGCGUCCGAGCCAGAGAGAGACGCUCAGCCUGCCCAAGGCGGGGUUGGUGGCCCAGCCUUCGCCUGA